AUGCCCAUCCCCUUUACCCCCAUCUUCAUGGCUCGUCUGUCCUGCUGCAUAUUUGAGUGGGAUGCAGGUGAUGUCGCCUUGCUGCGCCGGGUCAAGAAGGAGCAGCGGAAACGGGAGGGGGUUCCUGGCAUCAUUGAUGACCUUGUGAACCAGAACAUUAGGAAGAGUGAGUUGGCACUCUACUGCAGAAGGAGGACAAGAGGAGAGAAGGAGAUCUCAAUGAUUGACCUCCUUUUGCACAAGCUUAUGGGGGAGAAGGGCAGUGACUUCCUUGGUGUGCCACUCCUGGACAGGGAUAGGAUGGCGAACAUCUGGGAACAGGAGAAGAAGCAUGCCAAGUGCAUCCAGGAUGAGCGAAGUGUUCCUCUCUACACAGUGACAGGAUCAUCCACCAAGGAGGGCAUCAUCCUCACCACCUACAGGUGUGCCAGGGGCUCAACGUCACUGGAGUCCUUCCACUGCCACCUGGCCAGGUUCAUUCCAGGAACGAGUGCCAACAGUCUGAAUUUUCAGCUGUACCUCCUGGAAGGCCUGAACAGGUGGAACCAGGACCGUGGUGCUGCGGCGCUGGCUGUCAAACCUCCCUCACUCCUCACCUACUCAGGGAACCUUUUGCGCUGUGUCAACACCUUCAGUGUCAAAGGGCUUGGAAGGAAACUUGCCCCCUCCUUCCAACCCCCUGCAGUGUAUACUGCGCAUAAGGACGCCAGGCUGGUGGACGGUGCCGGCAAGUGCUCUGGCAGGCUGGAGAUGAAGUGUCAAGGAGAGUGGAGAGCUCUGAACAUCAGGAACACAGGCAGACAGCACAGUUUCUGGUAUGCAGAAGUCGCAUGCAAGCAGAUGGGUUGUGGCUCUACAGUUUCAAUAACACAAAGCACCAACGUGACAAAUCUACCAGCAUGGGAGGUUGACUUCGUGUGCAAGGGCUCUGAGUCCACCCUGAAGGAGUGCAGAAAUCACAGAACACGAGAGUCUUUGAGGCUUGUCGGGGAUUCAGAAAUCUGCUCAGGAGGUGCAGAGGUGAAGUCUGACCAGGGUUGGGAUUCAGUGUUGAGGACAGCUUCGACUCUGAGACUCAAAAGAUGUUCUGCAGGGAGCUUGGCUGUGGUCCUCCACAACUUUCGUCGGAGAAGAGACCGAUCUGAGGCUAGUGGAGGAGAGACUCUCUGUCAAGGCACACUGGAGGGAAAGCAGGCUGCAGAGUGGAGGCCUCUGGAGGAUGGCUGGAAUUCCUUGAAACCAGAACACUUUGCCAAGGUUUGUGGGAAGAUGGGAUGUGGAGGUUUCAUCUCAGUCUCAAGGAACUAUCUUCCAGAGCUUCGACCUGUGUGGCUGACUGACUGUGAGACGAGUUCCUCAUUUUGUAAGUCAUGGAGGGGGACUAGUUCAAACUUAGUCCUGGCUGUGACUUGUGAAGAGGAUACGACGCUCGUGAAAGGACCCAACAGAUGCUCAGGAAAACUACAAGUGAGGUCCGGUCAGUCGUGGCAUCCAGUAUGUUAUUCUUUCUUCAGCUUGGAGGCGGCACUCGUUACCUGUAGAGACCUGAAGUGUGGUUUCCCUGAGAACGACAGGAGUAUUAACUUCACCAGAAGUCCUGUGUUGAACUGUGCAGGAACAGAGAAGCAUCUGAGGGAUUGUCCCUCCACGCCGAUCAGCGCCACGGAGGAGAUGCUGCAGGAAUGUGAUGAAGUCUCCUUGACCUGCACAGAACUUCCACCAGCACCAUACAUCAACAUUCACAAUGUGCAAGGAUCAGAAUUUGUGUCUACAUAUCCGCCAAAGGUUUUCAAGGGCCAUCGCUUUGCCAUCUCUUGCACCGUGGAUUCACCUUACAGCGUCCUUUCCAUCCGCCUGAAAUCUCACAUUGGCACUGAUCACCCCAACGAGUGGAUCCAGUCACCUCACGACAAGAAAGCCGUCUUCAUCUUUCCUGUUGCUGAGGAUGCACACCAGGGAACCUACCAGUGCGAUUACAACUUCAAUUUCAGUUCAGACAUUUUCUCACAGCCGAAGUUUAUCUCCGUUCAAGUGGAAGAGCUGAACAACGUCCGGCUGGUGAAUGAGGAGACGGAGUGUGCUGGUAGACUGGAGCUGGAGGACGAGGGCGAGUGGAGGCCCGUGAGCCAUCGUCACUCCUGGAGUCUGAAGGAGGCGGCUGUGGUGUGCAGGCAGCUCGACUGCGGCUCCGCUGUCUCCACCCGCAGAGUGGAGCGAUCCGCUGGACUUCAGCACGCGUGGCGCUUUUAUUCUGACUGCGACGGCUCUGAACGUGCUCUGACGGACUGUGGGACGGUGAAGAAGUGGCCGUCCUCUUCCGCUGUCCAAGUCGUCUGUUCAGGAAUCCUCCUUCAACCGAACAUUUCUCUCUUCUAUACGAUGCGUGAAUUGUCAGACUAUCAGCCGCGGAACAUUUUGCUCUCCAAAGGCCACGGCUUCAGUGUCACCUGCUCUGUGAAGCCACAAUACCCCGGAGGCUACUUCAGCAUCCGCUUCAACCAAGCUAUCAGCAUCUCCCAACCAGCUGUCAAUCACACGGCACACUUCAUGUUUCCAGCAGCAGACGAGGCUCACACAGGGACCUACAGCUGUGUUUAUGUAAACUUUGUCUUCAGUCACAACUUCUCUUCUGAGAGUCAGAGCUUAUCCGUCAAGGUGGAAGAGUUCCUGGAGGUGAAGUUGGUUGAUGGCGUGCUCAGAGAGGAUGACAGCGAGUUCUGUGCCGGCAGACUGUUUGUGAAAUACUUGAACUCGCUUCUGCUCCUGAGCGCAGAGACGACAGUGGGGACAUGA